CAAUCGGAGAUCUGAUACUAAAUCCCGAUCCCAUCCCAUUUCAAUCCCCAUAUUGAAUUUAAUCAAUCAAUGGAAAUUCUGAACGAGUUACGUGAAUAUCAGGACUUACUAGGAGUAAAAUACGUCUGGCCUGGUAGAGGCGGUGCUAUCCUUGUAAAACAAACAGAUACUUCUAAACCAGAUGUUAUUAAAACAAAACUUGAAAUGAACCAGUUUAUGAGCAAGCACAUCACUCAAGGAAAAAGCGUUUCAUCAAUUCCCAAGGAAACCCCAUCUCCUAAACGCAAAAGGAAUAAUGAUUCAGAAUUAAAAUAAAUUUUAUUUGUAAAAGGUCUUGUGAUUACCUUUUAUAUAAAUAAUUUAAUGGAUAAUCUAAUUAAUGUAUACCAUGACAAUGUCGAUGAUUUUAAUUUAAGAACUUGUGAUAACAAUUUAGGAAAUUUAAGAGUUUUGCAAUGGAAUAUAUGUAGUAUGAAUAGUUUAAAUAAGUUUGACUGUGUGUUGCAGACUAUUGAACAUUUAAAUGUCUGUAUUGAUGUAAUUGUUAUUUGUGAAACUUGGGUUGCGAAGCAUAAUUGUAAUAUUUAUAACAUUCCAGGAUACACCUCGAUCUUUUCUUGCCGUGACCAGUCCUAUGGAGGUCUAGCUAUGUAUAUUAAAACAAAUUUAAAGUUCAAAAUUACUGAAAAUAAGGUCAUUGAAGGUUUCCAUAGGAUAAGCAUUCAAAUAUCUUUGAGUGGUCAAGUUUUUAGUGUUCAUGGCAUCUAUAGACCACCCGCAUUUCCAUUUAACUCAUUUUGCGAUCAAAUUGAAUCCUUGUUAGCGUCUGUUGCCGAUAACCAUUCUUGUCUUAUUGUAGGUGAUUUUAAUGUCCCCAUAAAUUUAACCAAUUUAAAUACAGUUACGAAAUAUAAGUCGAUUUUGGAAUCCUUUGGUUAUGUUUGCACAAACUCCUUCCCCACUAGACCAAAAACUAAUAAUAUUUUAGACCACGUCAUUUCUAAGCAGAUUGAUCUAGGCCGACUGAAAAAUGACACUAUUUUUACUGAUGUGAGCGACCAUUUACAGGUUAUUACAUCCUUUAAAUUAUCAAGUAAUAAACAAAUGGCAACUUUAACGAAAGAAAUUACUGAUCAUUGUAAACUGAACAAUUUAUUUUUGAAUUAUUUGAAUAAUGUUCAACUACCAGAUAACGUGAAUGUUGGUUUGCAAGAUAUCACAACAUCUUACAGCCAUUUUCGAUCAAUGUCUACUAGGACAAUAAAAAAAAAUGUAAAAUUGAAAGGCAACUACUGUCCAUGGAUGUCACUAGAUCUUUGGACACUCAUAAAAAUUAAAAACAACUAUUUAAAACGUUCUAAAAGGCACCCCGAUGAUGUCCAACUAAAACAAAUGUUGAGUCAUAUAAAUAAAAAAUUGUAUUUAAAAAAACAGGAAUGCAAAAAGUUAUAUUAUGAACGUUUACUGAACAACACACCACAUUCGAAGCUUUGGAGAAAUAUAAACACCCUCAUGGGUAAAAACAAACCAACCACAUCAAUCAACCUGUCUGAUGAAGAAGGCAGCACUACCAACAAUUUAGAAGUUUGUGAAAAAUUAAACAGGCACUUUUCCACAAUUGGCAAAAGGUUAGCUGAGGAAAUUCCAAUUGACCCUGGCUCUGACCAUUUAUCCCGUAUUGAACAUGUACAAAAUACUAUAUUUCUACAUCCAGCUACUGUGAAUGAGGUAAGGGUAGUCAUUCUAUCCCUUAAAAAUAAGAAGGGCUGUGGACCUGAUAAUUUCCCAAGACUGGAAUUUAUCCUGAAUGCCUCAAAAUCGCAAAAGUUAUUCCUGUUUUUAAGGCUGGCGAUUCCCAUGAUAUAAACAACUACCGUCCAAUAUCUACCUUAAGUGUUUUUAGUAAAGUGUUUGAAAAACUUCUUGUGACCAGAAUUGUAAAUUUCCUGAACCAGCAUGACAUACUUUAUAAGCUGCAAUAUGGUUUCAGAUCCGGCUCGAGCACACUAAUUGCCAUCUCAGAACUAGUCGACUCCAUUAUUUCUAAAAUUGAUUCCAAAAAUAUUGUGGGAGCAUUGUUUUUGGACCUUAAAAAAGCUUUCGAUACAUUGAAUCACGAAAUAUUACUAUCCAAACUAGACAAAUAUGGAAUAAGAGGAACAGCUAAUAAUAUCCUUCGCAGUUACUUAGAGGGGCGGAAGCAAUUUGUAGUGAUUGAAAAUACCAAAAGCGUGGUAAGAAAUAUUGAUAUAGGUGUACCACAAGGUAGCAAUAUAGGUCCGUUACUUUUUUUGUUGUAUGUUAAUGAUCUCUGUAACUUACCAUUAAAAGGCACAGCACGCCUAUUCGCUGAUGAUACAGCAAUUUUCUACUCAGCAGCAUCUACUGAUAUUAUCAUUCAACAAAUUGAAAAUGACUUGAAAUUGUUAUCUAAAUAUUUUAAUACCAACUUGCUCUCACUCAACUAUACGAAAACCAAAUACAUGUUAUUUCAUUCUUCACAUAAAAGAUUACCUCCGAAUAUUGACCCAACGAUAAAUGGAAAUGUUAUUGAGAGGGUAAAAUGCUUUAAAUAUUUAGGAAUCUACCUAGAUGAAACUCUUUGUUGGAGUCGUCACACAGAAUAUCUAGAGAAAAAAGUUUCUCCUCUUUGUGGUAUCCUAUGGAAAUUGAGAAAUUUUGUGCCUCAACAUGUUUUAUUGAAAUUUUACUUUGCGUUUAUUCACUCUCAUAUUAACUAUCUUAUUAUGAUAUGGAGAAGAGCUUCCUUGUCAAAUUUACAAAAACUUCAAACUCUCCAGAAUAGAUGCUUAAAAAAUAUUUAUAGACUACCGUUGCUCUUUCCUACCCAACAGCUCUACACCUUAAGAGCCCAUAACAUUCUUCCAUUAAAAGAUCUUUGCGAUUUACAAACUGUAAUAUAUGUCUACGACAAUUUACACACAAGUUUCAGUAAUCAAAACAUCCAUUUUACAACGGGAUUGCGUACUCAUAACACUCGCCAGUCAGAUUUUUUACAACGAAGCCGAUCCGUGACAUCCUUAGGUCAAAAAAGAAUAUCAUUUAUUGGUCCAACUAAGUACAAUGCCUUGCCUAAUGAAAUAAAAACCAUCAACAACCGUUCCACGUUCAAAAUCAAAGUAAUACAGCUAUUAAAAGAAAAAUUGAGUCGUUAAAAACCGAUCGAUCAGUGACCAGUUUUCUUCUUUUAUAAUUAAUUUUUGUAGCAAUUUCGUUUC